AUGUACAAUGCAUCAUCGGAUUCUGUUGAAAGACGGCGAAUUUGUCGAGAGGGCAAUUUGAACAAAGAGAUGAAUAUUUGCGAAAUCCUGGAUGAAUGUGCAAAUAUGGGAUGUGAACAUGGGCAUUGCACAAAAGAAACACAACCGGCGAGCUGUGUUUGUGAUAGAGGCUACAAUGGUCAAUACUGUACUCAUCAAAUUCCACUUUGCAAUCCAGAGAUUUACUCUAACUCAACUUGUCUAAAUGGUGGUACUUGCUAUCAAGGAAGGAAAUGUGAGGAUCGAAUCGAUGAAUGUGAUCUCUUUUGCGUAAAUGGUAUUUGUGAUACGGAUGGGAAAUGUCAUUGUCAUGAUGGAUGGAUGGGCGAUUAUUGCAUCGAUCCAGUUAUCGGUUGUUCUUCUCAAUUUUUAUGCCAAAAUGGCGGGUAUUGUCUAAACAUCUUUGGCGAGUCGUUGGAGAAAAAUCACGUGUGUUCCUGCUUGGAUACAUGGGGUGGAGAGGAUUGUUCGAUGGAAAUAAGGUACUGUAAUCUGUUCCCAUGUCAAAAUGGGGGAAGUUGUGCAAAUGAUGUCACUUCUGGAUAUAUCUGCUCCUGUCCAAAACCUUACGAGGGUGUGGCCUGUGAGAGGAUUGGAUGUUCGAAUUGGUGUCAACAUGGGAAUUGCAGAACAAAUUCGACGAGUGCUUGGUGUGAUUGUGAUCCAACGUGGAUGGGUGACGAAUGUUCCGUUGACAUAUCGCAAGCCUGCAACAUUGGAGUGUUUUGUCAAAAUGGUGGAACAUGUCAAAAUGCGACUGGAGACGAUCAAAAGAUUCAAGGGAAAUGCUUGUGUCCGUCGAAUUUCGGUGGACCUUUCUGCGAUAUGCCAAAAGAUUCAUCGCUCAGCUUUAAUCUUGCCUACAAUGGUGUACGGAGUAGUCAGCAAAUCACCACGCAAGGAAUCCCAUUCACUUUUCUCAGAGAAUUUACUUUAUGUGGCUGGGUUCGCUACACUCCACUCCAACCCGCUCAACCACUUCCCGAACAACCGCCAUUUAUCAGCUUGAUUUUGCAAGAUUCCUUCGAAUUUCUCUCAAUCACUGAUCGAUGGGUGAGGCUGAAUGGGACAAAAGUGCUCCCAGUCACAAUUGAUCCCUACAUUUGGAGAUUUAUUUGUGUCUCGAGUCCGAGAAAUAUCACUAAUACGAAUAGCAAUGAAUGGACAGCUUAUGAAGAUGGCCAACUCACAUCGAGGCAAAAUUUCAGUCGAGUCAAUGUGACAACGUCUGGCGAUUCCCAAUAUUACAAUAUUCAAUUGGGCAGGGAGAAAUCGGGAUUCUCGUUGUUCAGCGGGAACAUUGGAUUUGUUUUUUUUGAUGAAUUUCCGCUGAGCGACGAUGAGAUUCGACAAAUGGCUUUCAAUUGUACGCAUGGGGAAUCGACGGCAUCGAAUGGACUUGUUUCAUGGCCAGAAAGUUUCACUCGAGUUGAUGAUUCAAAUCCGGGAAUCACUCGAUCGUAUCCCGGAAUCUGCGCGGCACCACAGAGAGAUUGUAGAAAAGGAGAUCCCACGUGUGCACCACCUAAAGACAAGAUUGCCCCAACGAUUGUCUAUUGUCCGUCAGACAUUCGAGAAGUGAGUCUCGAACGGCUGAAAGUGAUGAAUUGGUCAACGCAAUUCGAUGAUAACAUCGGUGUCGUGAGAGUGGAAAGCAAUUUUCGAUCAGGACAGACAUUUUCUUGGGGAAUGUACGGAGUAAUUGUGACAGCCUAUGAUGCAGCGGACAACUCGGCCACUUGUCAAUUUAAACUCUCUGUUGCUCCGUAUAAUUGUACUUCUAUUCAAACACCACAAAAUGGACAAUCAUUGCUGAUGAAAGUUGAUGGAACGGACACAGAUACGAUUGCCGUCGUUUCAUGUCUUUCCGAGUAUUAUCCCAACAUUCAUCCACCAUUUUAUGUUUGCGAUGUCCUGGGUCAAUGGGAUCGAUGGCAUGGAGUAAUGAGGAACUCCUCGUUUCGCCCACCCGGAUGCGGGGAAACAAAAAGUUCGACACAGUUAAUCAACGGUUCUUUGUAUUCCGAUGAGAAUUGCGAGCGCGUUUACGAGAAUAUCCUCUUGACAUUGAAUGAAACGAUUCAAGAGUAUUGUGAUUCUGCGAAAAGUGACUGCUCGUAUUCCAUUCAAAAUCCAUGUCUUCCGUUGAAUUCAAAGAAAAGAAGAGAAAGAAAAGAUAUCCUUGCUUCGACAAUGAAUCAAUUUCACUUUUCGCUGACGAUAAAAAACUCGUGGGAAUACGUGGCGCCGAAUGUGCGGCAAGAUCUCUUGAAUCUCACUCAACCAUUGGGUAUCUCAGUUGAUGAAGAAAUCGGGUGCCCAUCGGAUUUCCCAAUUCGAAAUCUUGACCCAAACACGCAAAAAGUUUCUUGUGCAAAUUGUCAGCCUUGUCAUCAGCCAACAGCAGAUAAUUCAGCUUGUGAGUGUCUCUGUCCACUUGGAAAAUAUUGUAUGGAUAAUUCUUGUCAAGAUUGCCCUGCAAAUAAAACAACAUAUCAAUGCUCGGAUUCAGGACAUGGAAUUGGCGAUUGUGAAGUGAUUUGUGGACCAGGCGAAGAAGUGAUCUCAUCAGAACAAUGCGGUUUAUGUGCUCUUGGUCAAUUCAGUCCUGAUGAGAAGCAAAGACUUUGUGAUCAUUGUCCAUACGGAAUGACGACAAAUGAUACCGGUUCAACCAGUCAAGCCGAUUGUUUCUAUUGUGCAGCUGGGCUGAUGUUGAGUCAAAACGGGCGAUGUGAAGCUUGUCCAAUGGGCACUUAUAAGGAAGAAACUGGUGAAAGUCAAUGCACGCCUUGCCCAAAUGAUGGAAAUGGAGGCAGUUUUACAACACCAAAUGAAGGUUCAAUCUCGAAAUCAGAAUGUACUUUAUUGGCCUCAUGUCCGAAAGAUCAAAAGCCGAAAGUCAGUGGAUCAGUGAUUAUUGUUGAUCCAAAUCUUCCAAUAUCUUCUUAUUGUCAAAGAUGUCCGUAUGGAACGACGACACAAGAAUGCGAACCUCUUCAAUGUUGUCGUUGUAACUCGCCAAGUACUUGCUCAAAUGUUGAAUGUAAACCGGACAGUAAAAUGGCUGCCGAUCAAUGUGAAGAUGGGAUGGAAUGUGAUAGAACGAGCUACACAUGUAUUGAACAAUCAUCAACACAUAAUAGUGAAAAGCCAUCACCGAGUCGUUGGUGGAUCGGCGUUUUGGUUGGUGUGGGAGCGGUGUGUUUGGCGGCGGUUGCCCUGUUUGCUUUGGUGAUGUACAGGAAUAGCUUUAAUCAAUUCAUGUGUUGUGGUAAAUGGCGAAAUAAAGAGAUGAUUUCCACUCAAUAUCAUCGAAGAGAACAAGUACCGAGGCAAGUGGUGACCGGUGGCCGUGACCGAGAAGACGAAUCCUCUUCCCAAACUCCAAGCUCUCCUCGAUUCAAACAACGAAGACAGACCUUUCCUCAUGUUAUCACUUCCGAUCUCAAUCCAACUCCUUAUGUUGAUUAUUCUGAGCAAAUCACUCAAACCCAUCUUCCCAAUCGUCCUCCACCCAUUCAAACGUCGCAAAGGAUACGAAAUCGUCAUCCAGUCGAGUUGAGUCGUUUACCGCCGCCCAUUCAAACACAACGCGAAAGUGCCAAUCGAAGUACCUCUCGUAGUCCAUACAAUGGUGGGCGAAUACAUCGUCGAUCAUUUCACGAUUCAGUAUCUUCAAAUCAUGAUUCUUUCAAUGAUUUUGGUGAUGAUACGGAUGAUGAGGAUGGAUAUUUCGAA